AUGGCCCCAAGCAUGUCCCUUUUCUCGAUCAAUGCGAUCAUAAUUCUAAACUCAGAAGACGGCUCCCGCGUCUUCACAAAAUACUACAACGCACCACAUCAGCAGUCUUCUGGCCACUCCAAUGCGCCGGCCCCAGCAUACACGGAUUUGAAGUCGCAAAAAGCGUUCGAGAAGGGAUUACUAGAAAAAACAGCGAAACAGACAGGCGAUAUCAUCCUCUACGACAACCGACUCGUGCUAUACAAAUCCGAGGCCGACGUGAUGAUGUACGUGAUCGGUGGGGCGGACGAGAACGAGGUGAUGUUAUACAACGUCGUCUUAUGUCUGCGGGAUAGUUUGCAUUUACUGUUCAAGUAUUUCCUCCUCCCUGCUACGCACUUGAAUUUUGGGACUAACGGCGUCAGGCAAUCCGUGGACAAGCGUACGAUAAUCGAGAACUAUGAUCAAGUGGCUUUGGCGGUCGAUGAGAUUGUGGAUGAUGGCAUUAUUCUGGAGACGGACCCGACGAUUAUCGUGCAGAGGGUUAGCAAGGCGCCGACGCAGGAUGUUGCGCAGUUGAAGGGGAUUGAUUUGAGUGAGCAGGGGAUGAAUAAUUUAGCGCAGUUUGGAAAGGCGAAGUUGGGGGAUUGGUUGAGGCAAGGGUUGUGA